AUGGCUCAAACCCCCGCGACCGCGGGGUGGAGUGCUUUGACGAAACCCCGGAUACGGAGCGCAACUGCCAAUUCAAACCUACUGCGCAAGCGUGAUGGAGGAGCAAAAGUCGUGGUUCAAGAUGCCAAUAGUGUGCGCCCCAGCCUGGCAGUGGAUGGCAUACUGUAUUCAAUUCCUCGCCGACUCAAGCUUGUCAUCGUGAAGUGCCUUGAAGGAGCAUUCGACGGCGCCAAAGAACAACAAAAAGAAGACUUUCUCUCCAUACUGCCCAUCUUGCCUCUACAGACUAUUCCCACGUCCGAGGCCAUACAGGCUCUAUCCCUACAGACGACUCUCGCACCUGAGAUUCUUCGCUUUGAGGGACUGGUUUCGAAGUUGACCAAGGCAAUGGAUGAUAGACAUAUCGAUGCUGACAUGUUUCUUCUUUGUGCUUCCGUUAUCAGCAAAUCCAAGAGAACUUUCGUAUAUGUCCCCAUCGAUCUUUACCGACCUCACUUCCCUCUCUCCCUCCCAUAUCCCACUCACCUCUGGCCCCGCUCAUCCUCAUCCUCAUCCUCAUCCUCACCGCUUCACCAAUCAGAAAGCCUGUCCAUGUCUACAAUGGUAGUCUAUUAUCGACUCGUAAUGAGACCUCUGUUCAUCUUUAUCUCUGAUGACGCCACUCCGUCCAAGUUGAGGGAUUCAUGUUAA